GCGACGAAAGCAAAGAUGGCGGCCGAAAACGCUCAGAAAAUCCGCACGUAAACAUUGUCUUUGCCAAAAUAUUUUAUAGUAGCCAUGAAUCCUGGGAGCAGAAAAAUCUUCCGAGCAAAAGCACCGGACAAGGGUAGCUUUCCUCUGGAUCAUGACGGUGAAUGUAAGGAGUACAUGAAGAGAUACAUGAAGUGCUUAAGGGAGAACAAUAAUGGGAACCACUUAUGUAGAACAGAGUCCAAGGAUUAUCUUCAGUGUAGAAUGGACAGACAACUUAUGGCAAAGGAGGAUUUUGAGAAACUUGGUUUUCAUCAGUCUAUACAAUCAAGAGAUCACAACAUUGAUCAUGAUGACAUACAAAAUAAGGUGAAGUCCACAAGCUGAUAGAAGAUCAAGGAAAAAGUUAAUAUAGUGGAUUAACUAUUAAAAAAAUAAUAGUCUAGUAAAAUUGGGAUAUUUCAUUUGUUAAUAAUCAUAAAGAAAGUUUCUCAACAGCUGAGGACCUUCAGCUCUUGUUAAAGAACACAGCCCCUUAAGGGUGAAGGAAUUGACCCACUCAAAUGACUUUGAUGAUGACAUCCACUCAGAUUGUUAACAAAUCAGUCAUUUUCACUAUCAACGGUCAUUUUCAGGACCACUCCCAUCCAGACACUCAGACUACACACUUGAUCUGUUAAACAAUAUAAUGGGAUUGAGGUAUUUAAUAUAUAGUAAAUAAUAUGACUCUUUAAAAACUAUAGAAUAGUAGAAUGAAAAUGUUUUCACCUCUCAUAAUAAAAAGGCAACAAGGACUGUUUUGCAA